AUGAUUGACGACGAGUACACAUAUGAAGUUAUCACCACGAGAAACGAUGCAUCCCUAUGUGCUCAGCUAGUUGCUGAAGAAUAUGUCGUGCAUAAUCCACUUGCUGCCUUCGAUCAUAUCCCAUCCGAUUGGUUUUUCAACAACGUUUCAUGGCCUUUAUUUGCCGAUGUAGUCGAUGAACAAUUAUCUUUUCUCGUUCGACAUCGUAUUUCAGGCGAAAUUGUUGGCGCAAUUGCAGCUGGUGAUCUGUUUUUAUUCCAUGAGAAACAUCCAUAUGAUCCUACUGGUCCUCCUACAAAAUUUGGUGCUGGUGAUCUAUUCGAUGAACUAGAUCAUCUUUUUAUUUCUCGAGAUUUCGGUCAAGAACUAAAACCCAAUCUAGUCUUACAAAUAACAAUCACAGUAGUUCGUGCUCAACAUUCAGGAAAAGGUGUCGCUAGUCGAUUGAGUAUUGCCAUGUGUGAACAUGCUCGCAAUACUAAAGGAUUUGAAUAUGCAUUCGUUCAAGCAGCACAUCCAGCAACACAACAACUUUAUGUCAAUAAAAUGAGUGGUCAAAUUGUCACGAUAGUCGAUUCAACAACAUGGUUAUGGAAAAAGAAAGAUGACGGAUUGUCACGCCCGUAUAAAGACUAUAAAGGCGGUUUAAUAUCAAAUAUUCUUAUCAAUCUUAAAUCUGAUGUGAACAAAUAA